CUUAGAUCGACUCGAACUGCCAUCGCAUUGACUAGGCGCCAGGCCUUUCACAGUUCUCCUUCUACCAUGAACGAUACAAAUCCCAAGACAGAAUCUGAGUGGCGUGCAAUAUUAUCACCGGAGCAGUUCCGUAUCCUCCGCCAGAAAGGAACUGAACCAGCAGGUACAGGAAAGUACAAUAAGUUCAGCGACGAGGGAAUCUACACUUGUGCCGGCUGCAAGACGCCCCUGUACAAGAGUACAACCAAAUUCGAUAGUGGAUGUGGAUGGCCCGCAUUCUUUGAUGGUGAGUCUUAUCUGUCAGAUCGCAUCUUCUCUCAGCGUUUCGAGUAUGAGAGAAUAGCACUUCCGGGAGCGGUCAGUCGGCAUGAAGACAAAUCAUGGGGUAUGGUUAGGACGGAGAUUACCUGCACGGCGUGCGGCGGUCAUCUAGGGCAUGUAUUCAAAGGAGAGGGAUACAAAACUCCAACUGACGAACGUCACUGUGUGAACUCUGUCUCGUUGAGCUUCAAGGGAAACGAGUAAUUCAUGUAGCCAGUGGGGGGGGUUGUCGUUGCACCUGCACGUUGAUGCAAGUAAAAUCGUUCCUUCUCCCCAUUCAGAUCACAUCCAGGGACUAUCAUGAAGUUCCCCGCGAAACUACGUGUAGCGUGAUAGACAAUGUAGCAAGGUAGUUA